AUGCUUCUUGUAGGUCUGGCUCCAGGAAGUACAGUUUCUCUUCCAAUAACCCCCGGGGCCAACCCUCAUGACGACGAGAUCAUCGGUGGUGUGGUCCCGAUGUCCGAAGGCUUCACUGGCGCCUGGUUUACACUCCCCUCAUGGACAAAGUCACCUGCAGAGGGUGCAUCCACUGCCUUGAUCUCCAUGCCCAUAGGGAUCGUCUCCCCUUUGCUUUCUCAUUUCCAGCAGAAGUUUCGGCAAGCCUCACCUUAUGCACGCAUAGCCAUUUGGACCGGGGCUAGUGAUGUGCAACUGCCUCGGAUGAUGCCUCGGCCUUCGUUGGUGGCUUGCUGCAAGAAGCGUAUUGAUGCCUUCGAAAUGUUCGGCACCCUGAUCCUCUGCCACUUCCUCAUGGAAAAGGCGAACAUCUACUCACUCCUCAACGACAUGACAAGCCGCGGUCAUCCCUCCCUGGAUGGCCCAAGCAGUGCCGACGACGGUCAGGAAGCAGCCACAACCUCACCGGGCGCCCUGCGCGGGCCCAUGGGUGAGGGCAGGGAGUCGAAGAUCGGAGAUGAAAGCAGUAAAAGUAGGUGCAAUCUGCAUGUCAUGACAGUGCAGUUUUGGACCGAACCUUCGACCGAAGGGCUUCGGCUCUGGGAGUCGGCAGCCAACGGCAGCCACACCCAUCCACCAUGCAAAAAGAGAUUGAAAAAUCCUGGCUUUGGGCCCUUUCCCAUCUGGGGCGGCUCAGGCAAGCAGCUUCUCCAGGCCGACUUGCAGGACCGCGGACCUGAGGGAGUGCAGCUUUGGAUCUGGCCAGUCAACCUUGACUCUCCGGCGGCAGUUGUUCUUCAAAGGAGGUCUUCCAUGCAGUCUGGCCUGGAGAUCUACAAUCGCGACAACCAGUUGUACGGGUUUCUGGAGAACGCCGGCGGCCGGAUGAUGCUGAUGUGCAACGGCUUUCCAGUCAUGGCCGUGGAUGGGAACGCUGAUGCGCUCACCUACACUGCUUGCCGAGUAAAUGGCAGCAUGUUGGCGUCUGCAAGCGUUGUUUCAGAAAAUUUGCGUGUUGACGAUGUGCGCGAGGGUUGGAAGCUGCAGGUGAAGCCAGGUGUGGAUGCCAUUGUCAUCAUGUGUGCCUUCCUGUCAUCCAUUCUGCUCAACCGACGUUCAGGGACAUUCACACCAUCUCUGCCUUCGGCCAGUCCACGAGUGUCUAUACUUUCCCAAGCUAGUCAUCCUCGGGCCUGA